UCUGCGCCGAAGCCUUCCUGAUUCAACCGCAGAUGGUGCGGUCCAUCCAAGAGCUAACCAAUAGCACCAAGCGUUGUUAUCACACAGAGAGAAAAAAAACCUGACAGUCGCCAUGAUGCUUGUUUGUUCCUUGUGAUACAGCAGCGGAAACGAGAAAGUAGAAACAAAAGAGAGCACACACUCGUCCUCGCGAUACAGAUUGGUAUGCGUUUGCAGUGUUACAGCAGGAAUGCCGAAGGAAAAAUAUGAACCGCCAGACCCCAGGCGGAUGUACACUAUCAUGUCAACUGAGGAGGCAGCCAAUGGAAAGAAGUCUUACUGGGCUGAGCUGGAAAUCACAGGUAAUGUCAGGAGCCUGAGCCCAUCUCUGUGGACUCUGACCCACCUCACUGCCCUACAUAUCGCUGACAACUGUCUGUCACGCAUCCCACCUGACAUUGCCAAACUACACAACCUGUUGUACCUGGAUCUGUCGUCCAAUAAGAUCAGGAGCCUGCCGGCAGAGCUCGGCCACAUGGUCUCUCUCAGGGAGCUGCUUUUAAAUAACAACCAAUUGCGGGUUCUGCCUUUCGAAUUGGGGAAACUGUUUCAGUUACAAACACUGGGGUUGAAAGGAAAUCCACUUGCACAAGAAAUCAUGAGCCUGUACCAGGAGCAUGAUGGCACGAGGAAACUGCUGAACUACCUGUUGGACAAUCUGGCAGGUUCAAUCAAAUGCACCCCCACAGAGCAGCCCCCGUCCCGGUCGUGGAUCGCACUCCAGGAGCCGGACCAGACGAGACCUUCUGCGUUGUUCUCAGUGAUGUGCUACAAUGUGCUCUGUGAUAAGUACGCCACGCGCCAGCUCUAUGGCUACUGCCCUUCCUGGGCCCUCAACUGGGAGUACAGGAAGAAGUCCAUCAUGCAGGAGAUCAUGAACUGCAACGCUGAUAUCAUCAACCUACAGGAAGUGGAGACGGAGCAGUACUACCAGUAUUUCCUGCCAGAGCUGAAGGAGCAGGGCUACGAGGGCUUCUUCAGCCCAAAGUCUCGAGCCAGAACCAUGCAUGAGUCAGACCGCAAACAUGUGGACGGGUGCGCAGUUUUCUACAGGACAGAAAAGUUCGGUGUGGUGCAGAAACACACGGUAGAGUUUAACCAGCUGGCCAUGGCUAACUCUGAAGGCUCUGAGGCCAUGCUCAACAGGGUUAUGACCAAGGACAACAUCGGAGUGGCCGUACUGCUAGAGGUCCGCAAGGAAAUGAUGGAGGAAUCCUCGGGGAAGUCUCUGCACGGCAUGGAGAAACAGCUCCUCUUGGUGGCUAACGCCCACAUGCACUGGGACCCGGAGUACUCCGACGUCAAGCUGGUCCAGACCAUGAUGUUCCUGUCUGAGGUGAAGAACAUUGUGGACAAGGCCACUCGCAGCCUUAAACUCUCCUCUGUCUCUGGGGAGACCAAUGGCAUCCCUCUUGUUCUCUGUGCCGACCUCAACUCUCUACCAGACUCUGGCGUGGUGGAGUACCUGAGUCAGGGUGGCGUGGACUGCACCCACAAGGACUUCAAGGAGCUUCGCUACCUUGAUAGCCUCACCAACUUCAACUGCAAUGGCAAGAACGGCAACUCCACGUCCAACUCCAGGAUCACCCACGGCUUCAAGCUGAAGAGCGCCUACGAGGACAGCCUGAUGCCUUACACCAACUACACCUUUGACUUCAAGGGUGUGAUUGACUACAUCUUCUACUCCAAGCCUCAGAUCAAUGUGCUCGGCAUCCUGGGUCCCCUGGACUCCAACUGGCUCCAUGAGAACAAUAUCAGCGGCUGCCCGCACCCCCACAUCCCCUCUGACCACUUCUCCCUGUUCGCCCAGCUGGAGCUGCUGCUGCCCAGCACUCUGCCCCAGGGCCAGGCCAACAACCAGGUCAACGGCAUCCACCUGCCUGGAGGACGCAGGUAGUGGUGAGACAACCCCACUCCAGGGACUGUAUGCUAUAGCAGUGUGCAGCCUCUAGCCCUCCAGCUCUUCUCUCGUUGUCACUUGGAGGAAAGAAGAUGAGACGGAAUACACAACCAACCUGUAACAUAAGAAUCAGCCGUACAGUGAGGUCUGGCCAACAGGGAUUUCUGUUAUAUAUUUUUUAUUUUCCUCAUUGUCGUUUUCCAUUUUGUUUUCAUUUAGUAAAUGUCAAUCCUGUUUGUUGUGUUUUGGAUCACCCCCCCCCGGUCAUUCAUUCGAUUAUAUCACCGUAUCCCCUCUGGCCCCCGUAUAGAUAUUUAGAGCUUUAGCAAUAUCACCUGACUCUUGUUGUCUUUGACAUGACCUGUGCAGUCUUGAACAAUGGCACAAGAAAUACCUUGUAUCACUCUCUGUGGACACCCUUCAAAAGGCAAGGAGAGAAAGGACACCACUUCUAAAGCUUGCAGCUGAUAGUCUGUCCUAUACCAAUCUCAAACCAGCAAAAAUGGCAGAAACAGACAUGUCUAAUGUCUCAGCCAAGGCUAAGAGUGGGCCUUGUCUUUUCUCUCCCCACUGAGAUCAAUGUGACGGUAUAUCUAUCUAUCAUAUAAGGCAUAACAUGGUGUGCCACUCCUCCUUUCUGUGCUAUAGGGCCAAUCUCUCUGUGGGUCCAAAAUUGUGGUGCUCACCGGGUGCUUUGUGGUGCUCACCAGUCCACUACUAUUGAGUAAUAGAACCUAGUCAGUUGUCUCCCUCUCCAAGUGGUGCAAUAGGAACUAACCCCACUGGUGCAUGUAGACUGUCACUGCUGAGAGGCAAUUCCAUGGUAACUGACACUGACUCUGAUUUGUAACUUUAAAAUGUAUGUUAAACAAAAACCAAUGAUUGCAAAGUUAAACAAACAUACAACUCUAUGCACAAGGGCUACUUUUGAACAAUUUCCACUGAAUUUGACAAAAACUCAUUUAAUUGGAUCAGUGCAGGUGCAUAGUUUGGUAACAGAAUGACAGUUUGUGCCAUCGUUCUGUAACCAACUUUUCAUCUGCACUGUUCAUCAAGUAAAUGUUUUUGUUCAGUCUUCUGUGGGAAUUGUUGAAAGUAGUCCUUGUGCAUGGAGAGGGUUUGUUUGACAUAUGUUUUUAAAGUGAAAAAUCUGGGUCUCUGUUCCUGUGGAAAUGCCUCGCUGUGUUUUUAGAUGUUGAUGAUUAUUAUCCUUUUAGGAAAGGAUGACCGCAACCACCAAAUACACUUGUCUGGACCUGUUGUAUGGAAGCAAGUAAGCUCUAGUUAGCGAAGGCUUGUUGGCAUGCCGGUCAGGCAUAGUGCUAAAAAAAUAUCUGUUUCCUCUGGAUUGGAACAGAUUUGAAUGAUUUUAAGUAGUUGAAUAACAUGUAAUUAGUGGCCAGCUCCCAUCCCCUUUUGCACACUGUUUUUCCUCUGCAUGUGUACGUGACAGAGUCAUUGUUAAUAUGACUUCAUUUGGACCAGGGAUGUGCAACUCCAGUCCUUGGGUGCCGGAGUUGUGUCUCACUUUUUCACCAGCUCUAGCCAACACAGCUGAUUUUAAACUAAUUGGGUUUUAAACUAUCACGAUUUGUUGAUUAUAAGAGUUGGGUCUGGGGCAAAAUUGUGACUGCAAUCAGGCCACCCGAGGACUGGAGUUGCCCAUUCCUGAUUUGGACCAUAUACCACCUUUUGUAAUGGGGUAGGGGAUUUUGGCUGAGGGGCAAUGCAACGGAGGAAAUUCUCAACUGAACAUUUUUCAGAUUUGUUACUUUUUAAAGAGGGAGGGCAAUAGCUGAUGUACAGGAGUUUAAACCAGCAAUCUUCUCACUGUCACACACGUGGACAUACGCAGAGAUCUUGUAGCACUGUCUCUUGAGGCCAGUAGUGAUUUUUUUUUUUUUUUCCCUCAGCCAUAAAUUCCGUACUCUACAGCAGUGGGUUUUUUUUCACAAGUGUUUGUACAGAAUAUAAAUCUAGAUUGUCUUUACACGAUUGUAUAUGAGUCACAAAAGACCUGUUUUCUGGCAGGGUUUUUUUUGUACUAUGAGUAAAUUAUGAUCCAAUUUGAAGAAGAAGAAAAAGACAGGAUUGUAUUGUAAACUAUGGCAAUUUUUUUUUAUCCAGUAAAUGUUAAGAUGAAAUUGAAAUGACCAGCUUGUACAAAAGACGUAAGGGGUUGUUCCAGGCGUUCGCUGCCACUACUUUGCACUCCUGCUCUAGUUUAACUGUUUCUAUGCGUCUGUAUUGCUUGUUUUCCUGUUAUGAUUUGAGAACAUGUGUCUCAGAUUGUAAAUAGAUCUACUGACUAAAUGAUGAUGCAUCUUCAAAUCCAUUCUAUUAACAAGCCAUUGGUCCAUACUGCUGCCAGCCAGCCUGCCACCAACCGACCCAUUCAUCCACUCACAGUUCAGACAAAAGUAAGGUUAGGUCUCCAAUAACACCCAAUUCACUAUAGUGCACUAAUUUUGGCCAGUCCCGUGUAGCUCUGUUCAAAAGUGCACUAUAUAGGAAAUAGGUUGUCAUUUCAGAUUGACCCUAAGAGCGGAAAAAAAAAAUAUUUUUUUAUUUUUGCAUCACGCACAUCCAGUAUCCCACAAUUGGCGUUGUACAACCGGAACGUUGUGCCUCACCGUAGCCGUUUUGUUGUCUUGCACUACUUCUAAUCGGCCAACUCCGGGAACAACCUCUUCUCCCAUUUUAUUUUUUAAAUACUGUCCAGACAUUUGAUGUCCUUUGGGGUUUUUGUUAUCGUUUUGUAUUUUCUUUCUUUUUUUGUUUGAGCUGUGACAAUGUUAUGUGUAUAUACUCCUUGUUGAGCGAUCUAGUAAUCCGGUAUGGAAUAUUUGUCAAGCUUUAGUUUUUUUUCACCGGGGCAAAGUGAAGACCUCUUCUGGAACCCCCUUACUUCCAGAAUGUUUUGCACCCUCCGUGUACUUUAGCUCAGCUCUUAGAACCCCUUGAUAGUCCCUUGUCACCAUAGUCACCUAGCCUGUCUUGCCCCUCCACCGCCGAAUUCUGAAUCUAGAAAAGCAUGUUCCCCUAUACCUGGCCCUAUGUCCAACCCCCCUUUUUUAACCCCACUACUGAAGCCCCUGUGCGGUUCCAUCUCCUCUGCCGUACCAUCUGUGAGGAACUGACCCGUCUCCCCAUCUGUCAGGUGGCCCAGACAGACGCUCUCUAUCUCUGUUUUGUUACCAUCGGGACUGAAAUAUGUCUGUGACUGACUAUAUAUUGUAACUGUCACAUUUUAAACAGGAAAUGGAAUGAUCAGGCUCCCCCCCCCCCCUUUCCCACAUUUAUUAUUGAAUACAUUUGUCACCUUUUUAAAGUAAAUAUGAUUCUUUCGCCAUUGUGCUAAAGUUAGAAUUUUAUGAAUUUUUACAGAGGGGAAAGGUUGAAAUGGGAAAUAUAAAUGUAGUCCUAGUUCAAAAGCUUUUUUUCUGUCCUUACCCCCCCCCCCCCCCCCUUGAUAUAUUUUAUUUGUUUUGAACAGAAGCAAAUGUCCACUUUGAUACCCCUGAAUUGCUGGUAGUAUUGUAGUAGAUUUAAAGACUUAGCUUUUUUUGUAAAGUGUGAAUAAAAGAUGUAUCUCUUGUUUCCUUCCUAAAACUUUGAAUUGUGUUGUGUAUAUCCUAUGAUUGCUACACUUUCAUUUUUACCCAUUGCUUUUCCAUACCUUACCCCACCUUUCCAUCAACCAAAUGAUUAUAUUUUUUUGGUAGAAAUUAUAGUCAUCAUUAAAACAUUAACUUGGUCAACUUUGGGUCGCUGUAAAAAAUUGACGCAGAAUGAUUAUCGAAUCAAGAUUCCUAAGCGGAGUAGUUUAACUCCAAACGUGAAUAUUUACACUUUCUGUAUUUGGGAUGUCACUUAGGCUAGCAGAUGUAUACUAUUGUCUUAGGCCAGGAUAGCCUUGUCUUAUUAGCCGAUUCAGUUCUAGACGGCACUAUUGUUGACUGGUGUGAAACCAACAUGAAUGUAAAACGAAGCAGAAACGUAUUUAUACUACAAAGCAGGAUCAAUGAGUUAGCCAGUUAACUUUUGAUUAACAACCAGAAAUAACUCGAUUUUCUGGUUCAUUUAAAGAUGCAAUCAAACUUUGGUGUAAUUUCACCAAGUAGUUUCGAGUGGUUCUCACGAUCCAAAAGUGGCCCCAGUUUUGUGUACUUAAGUCAUCCAUUUCAUAUGUUGCAGUUCGUGUGGUAUGUAACGAAUCCAGUUCAUACUAUGUUAUGAAUUUGUGCUUAAGAUCCUGCUGUGCAUCCCCUCUGCUUUUUAGUCUGGUCCUGUGGUGAUUUUGAGUACUAUUUGGUCCUUGCCACUGUUCUUGUGCUUCAUAGUGGCUAAACGGAGUAGUUACUCUGGUCCCCUCCUGGCCCUCACUUUGAACCCCCCCCCCCCCCCCCCCCAAUCUAUGAUUGGCUCAAGGAGGGAGAAUCGCACUGCUUGACGUGUCACCAUUCACUUCAGUUAGUUAGUGAUCCCUGUUGAACUCGGUUUACUUUUGCAUUGUGCUUCUGUUUUCUCCGUUGUAUUAUAGGACUUGCUCUGACUGCGCUCCCUGUCAAGGUGCACACUGAAGCUGCUUUCUGGGUCCAAGUGUAGAGCACCCUCUAACCUUAACGCGUGUCAAACUCAUUCUGACUGCUGGUUUUUGCUCUUCCCUUGUAAUUGAUUAAAUGAAGGUCCCUAAAUGGUAAGGAUCUCUCCUCACCUGGUUGUCUAGGUCUUAAUGGAAAGGGAAAAACCAGCAGACACUAGGCCCUUCGUGGAAUGAUUUUGACGCCCCUGUUCUAUACAGUACAUGCAUCCAAAGACCACUGUCAUGACUUGGCUCUUUGCCUUUUCCAACAGCCUUUUUAUACAUGUUUUUACAACCAUAACAGUAAUUUGUCAAAGGAUUUUGGCUUGCAACAGUGCAUCUUAUUUCAGACCGGUCAUUUCCAUUCCCCAGAAACUUGGCAGUAUUACCCUCAGUCAUUAAGAAAAUGUUUUUGAAAAUAUUUUUUUUUGGGGGGGGAAGCUAACUUAUCCACUACUUUAUGUAUAUUUUUUUUCAGCCACCCAUUUUUCCGCUGCUUUCCCUGUAAGACCGAGUGCAAUUACAGCAGAUUCCACCUCCACUAACAAUCACCUCAUUCACUCAUCUCUCACUCAUCUCUCUCUCCUGCCUCCAUGUCUCCAUCUUGUAUAGGCCUCACCCUCCCCCCUGCUGAUAGUGAUAGACAAUCCUGAUCAUCAAAUGAUCUGUAGCCAGCUGAGUACAUGCUAUAUUGAUGUGUCACUGUAUUGUACAUACACAGGACCAACUGCUUGUUUACCAUUCACGGAAUACCAGCAAAAACACUUGCACAACAUUCAAAGAAUGUUCAUCAACAGAGAAUAAAAUGAAGGCAGCUGUUUUUAAAAUUAUACAAACUGUUAAACUGAAUGGUAAACAAGGCUUUUUCAGUUUUCUUCUUAAGCCGUCUUCGUGGUUUGUCUUUGGACUAGUUUUCUGUUUAACACCCUUUGGCUUGUUUUCUUCAGUCCUACCUAUAUAUUUUCCUACUUCUGGUUGAAAAUAAAUUCUAUAUCUGUUUCAA